AUUGAAUUGUACGUGUUUAUACAAAUAGUGUAAAUAUUCAUAAUGAUAAAAUCAUGAUAUGUGUUUGGUGGAUUUAUCUGUAGAUCGUUAAAUUAUUUUGAAGUUAUCUCCAAAGUGAAUGAUUGAGGUUGUUUGAUUAACGUCUUGUUCUUACUUAAUGUUUUAGUGGCAUGACUUACAGGGUAAUAUUGGAUUUGUAUUAUUUGUAUUAUAAAUGGUGUAGCAGAAAUGUCGCGGGAAUGCAUAUACACCGCUUUGUCACAAGAGAGCAACGAGUACUGCAGACGUCUAAAGCUAAGGUCCCGAUCACCAGUCGGUGGACGGACGUCUCCCUCGAACUUCUGCAGCCAAUCAGACGGCUCCGAAUACCUAGCACCCCCACCAGUGCUUUCCGACAACAGAUCGUCAAACGCAUCUGUGAGGAUUUCUAAAGAUUAUGGAUUAUGUCCCGUUGAUCAAAGCAACCGACACUCAAUCGAAAAUGACAACAACCUGCCGCAUGCAAGAGGAAACAUUUCGUUAAGUGCUGUUGGGUGUACUGAAGGUUGUGAAGAUGGUAGCGGCGGCUCAAAGGAACCGAGGAAUACCAUAUGUCAGCGUCCAGAUUCGGAGUACGAUGAACAAGAUAUAGAGACAAUCUGGACUUUGAGAAACACCAGCGGUGAACAUGACCUUUCAAGGUCGCGACCUGGGUCGCUGACUUCUAGCACAUGUAACUACCUUCCAAAGGAAACUGUGAUAAUCAACGUGGGUGGUCAAACAUUCGAGACGUUCAAGUCCACCUUGAGACGACUAAAAUCUAGUAAGUUAGCGGAUGAAAAAGAAAUGAUGAAGUAUUAUAGAAAAUCAAAAGGGGACUUCUUUUUUGACCGCGAUCCCUACGCGUUCAACAUAAUUCUGAAUUAUUUGCGCUACGGCGACCUUCACCUUCCAACGAACCUGUGUGUCCCAGCUCUUAUGAGGGAAUUCCAAUACUGGGGCAUCGACGAGGCCGAUAUCGAAAGGUGCUGUUUCCAGCCAUACAACACGUGGAAGUCUCAAACAAAGUCAUUAGAGAAGCUGGAGUACGACCGGAAGCAGUCGACGACGCAGGAGGACCUUGCGUAUGACCUUAAAAGCAAGAGUUGUUUAAGACGCAUGCGCGCGGUCGUCUGGACCUUCCUACAGGACCCUAGCUCGUCCAGGGCUGCUAAGAUCUACGCCUGGGUGUCUAUUAUUUUCGUCUGUCUAUCCAUCUUCUCUUUCUGUGCCGAGACCCAUCCAAUGUUCAAACUUCCGUCGUCCAAAGUACACAAUUUGCGCUGGCUCUACAGAUUCUUCACUCUAGUAGACAGCCUAGUCCUUAACAAAAACAACGCGACGUCCAAAGCGCCGUUGACAUUGAUACAUUUCAACUCGACGACCAACACAACUCAUUCCAGCGUUACCACUGCGGCGAAUAUAAGUGAUUCCCGUUCGGAAGGCGAACCACAGAUUUCGCACCCGGCGUUGGUGAUUAUUGACCUCAUUUGCGUGUUUUUCUUCAGUCUAGAAUUCCUUACGCGAUUAUUACUUUGUCCGAAAAAGCUACGCUUCUGCAGUUCCCUGCAAAACAUCAUUGACUUCAUUGCUAUUGUUCCGGACUACGUUGAAUUUAUCAUGCUAUGGAUCAGUCCACAAGUGAGAGUCGGUCUUAGUUUCGUAGACUUCAUAUUCAUACUGCGCAUGCUCAGACUAUGUCGUAUCUUCCGAAUAAUACGUCACGUGCCUGGUCUGUGGAUUUUGCUGUACACGCUCAAAGCUAGCUUCAACGAACUUAUGCUUAUGUUUGUAUUUUUGUUAAUCGGAAUGGUUAUGUUUGCGUCGUUGUUACAUUUUAUUGAAGGGGGUGAACAAUUCAGUAACAUUCCUGUUGGAUUCUGGUGGGCCAUGGUGACCAUGACAACUGUAGGUUACGGUGACAUGUUUCCGGUAACUGGUUUCGGUUACGUCAUUGGGUCUGUCUGCGCGAUUUCCGGUCUGCUGAUGAUUGCCUUCACGGUACCAAUAAUUGUUAACAAUUUCUUGCUGUAUUACACGCAUGUUCAGUACGGUAUUUCCGAUAAAGACGCUGCGAUGAACCACAUGGAAGAAGAAAAGGACGAAGCUGAGUUGGGUGUAUUGCAAACUUUAAUGACCAGUUCUUUUGAGGAGACGAUGGAACGCAAACAGGACAAAGUGAAUGAAAUCAAGUUCCCCCACAGCAGCAGGACUCCACAGAACAAAAGCGCCGACAAAUGUGUAGAGUAUGAUAGCAAUUGAACCAAAUGUUUAACAAUCAUGAAGAUGAACCUAUCACGACGAUGAGAUGAAACUUGCAUAACAUUUGAUCGACUUGUUUAUGUUCUUAAGCAUAAUCGUAAAGAUCUUGAUAUUCAUUUUGGAAAAAUCUUUCUUUUCACGUUUUCAGUUUAUUGCUCUAUAGUGUUUCCCGCCAACAUGUCUAAACCAUUCGAAAAUUGGUGAAAGUCAUCCGUAUUUUUGCGAACGUAUGUAAACAAACAAAUGCGACGAAUCGCAAGAAGUUGUUUGCAUUUAUUAUCCAUUUCAGUGAACUUUCGAACGCAGCGUUAUAAAAACACCAGCUGUAUACAAAGUUUGAAUUGAAAUCAUGUUAGCAUUUUUUUUAAGAUAAUGCGAUUUUUUAAAAUAAUUUGUAUGAGUACUUACAUUCGACGGCAUUAUCUGAAAGAUGGAUGUAAUCAACAAUUUGGUUGAUUGGGAUAUCAUGGCGAAUUACAUGUACAACUGUUUGCUUUCAAAACGCUGUUUCCGGUUUAUACGUAACAAUAGGAUGUCAAUAAAUAAUGAAUAAAAAUGUAAUAUAUAUUGAGUUUAUUGUUUAUUUUAAGAUUAUUUGUGGGAGUAGAAAACGACGAUACUGAUGUGGGUGUAUUGCAUACGUUGAUGACCAUUUUUUUGCCGCACAUGCUAAGCAGGGACGACACUGGGACGACACUUCCCGCUCUUAUGAUAUUUUUCGUUCCAACAAAGUCUCUUCUUUGCAAAAAUCAUGUUUAUGAGGACAGUGUCUUCCUUGAUUGGCCUGUGCGGACUGCAUAGGCUUAUCUUGGACGACAAUUAACGCACGUGCAUGAAACCAUCUUUUCAAAAAGCGCGGCUAAUAUACUUCAUCAUAAACCUCAUACAAUAAGUUCGACAUUAAGUGUAUCAUACCAAAACAUGCUUCAAUACGAUACAACAGUAAAUAGAACACAAGUAUUAAAUAAGGCGUUCAAACGUGGGUUGUUUCAACUGACCCGACGGACCCUUACUUGGUAUUGCACACAUGUCAGAUCGUGUCAGAUCAUGUUUGAAAUUAAUAAAUGUUCGUCUUAUCUUUGUUUAUCAGCCAGCAAACACAUCUUUAUCUAAUGUAAUUGUUGUUCAAUAUCCAGCGAGUCAGAACUACACAUUGUUGCUUAUUUGCAAAUAAUAAACAUUCUUUAAAACGAUCUGGUAAUAUUAUUUUCACUACUUCCAAGUCAAGUUUUAUAGUGGGAGCAGUGGUCUAAUGGUAGGACGCUGGCGUAGGGAUCGAGAGGUCCCAGGUUCGAAUCCCGCCCUGACCGCUGUAAUUUCCUUGAGCAAUAAAAUUUGUCCCACAUCUGCUCCUCUCCACCCAGGUGUAUAAAUGGGUACCUGUGAGGGAAAUAAGCCAAUGUGCCGUGGCUGCCUGGUGCGCCAUAUGUUAACGGACGACUUAGAUCCCAGUGAUCGGGGGGUUGUUUGUGAAGUCGGCUGAAUAUGUAUUUAGAAGCAGACUAUAAACCGCACCUUUAACCUUUUAACCUUUAAGUUAGAAUCAAAGAAAACUUAGGGUGUUUUUUUUCAUUUUUAUGGGUGGGGAAAUCAACUCAAAGAAGAAAAUAAUUUACAUUGUUCUUCACAGAUUAAUC